CGCGAGAUAGUUGUUUGCAUAGUAACGACAGUAGCAACGGAGCUGUGUGUGGAUUGACAGCAAAACAACUCAUGUAAAUAGUCAGAACAGACAAAACACAGAAAUACAGAAUGGAAGGCUUGCCUUUUCUACCAGGAAAUACAUUUUCUGAUCCUACGAGAAAUAAAUACCACAGAAGUCAUUCCCUGAACUACAAGAAUGGAUACGCAUUGCCCACACACCCCACUGUCGGCAUUGGAGGAGAGCCCAUUCUCUACAAUCAGCUGUCGGAACAGGAGCUCAAUGAACUAGCCAACUUUAAUCCAACACUGACUUAUGGUCAGGCUAAAGAAGCACCCCCUGAGGAUUUUGUACCUGGACAUGUUGCUUGGGAUAAGAAGGUGCUCCGGUUUAAUGCCUACUUCAAGCAGACCGUUCAUGAAUCAAAAGACGAGUAUUUCCGAGUACGCCCAGUCGACAUUUUCUAUUACCUCGAGGAUGACAGUAUUGCAGUUAUAGAACCCCAUGUAGAAAACAGUGGAAUGCCACAAGGAAAAUUGAUCAAGAGACAAAGACUGCCGAAGAAUGACCAGGGAGAUCAUUGGCAUUGGAAAGAUUUGAACAAUGGUGUCAAUGUUACAUUCUAUGGGAAAGUUUUCCACAUUGUAAACAUGGAUAAAUUUACAUCUGAUUUCUUGGACAGUGAAGGUAUUAUUUUGAAUGCCAGUGAGCAGCUACCUACAGACCCUUACAUAGAGAGACGCAAGAAUGCAGCUGCACUCCGCACAUACACAACACCUUCGUCGUUUGACAAGCAGAAACAGUUCCUCGAGCUUGACAGAAAAGUUUUGCGUUUCUUCUGCGUUUGGGAUGAUAGGGACAAUAUGUUCGGUGAAAUGAGACCGUUUGUAAUACAUUAUUUCUUGGUAGACGAUACACUGGAGGUCCGUGAAGUGCACACUGCCAAUGACGGUAGAGAUCCAUUCCCAGUUCUCAUCGGUAGACACAAAGUUCCUAAAGAUAGAUACAAUGUAGAGUCAUCAUUCCCUGGGGUCGUGAUGGAACUCUCCUCCCAUGAGAUUAAGGAGUAUUUUACACCAAAAGAUUUCACGAUUGGUGAAACGGUGAUGAUUUAUGGAAGGCGAUUCUUGAUCUAUGAUUGCGAUAACUUUACAAAGAGUUUCUACUACCAUACUUUCGGAAUCUCAGAAUUCCCGUCAGUAGAAGUAAAACAGAAAAUGAAAGAUCUGCCUAAAAUGGAAAUUCCUCCUUUCAACCAGUUUGGUUCCCUAGAAGAUUCUCUACAGUCAUGUCUGUCACUGAUACCACAACCUCCUAAGAAAGAUUUUAUCAAAAUGUUGGAAAAUGACCACAAAGUUCUCAGAUUUGAGGCAGUCAUGGACUCUGUCAGACCGGAAGACAAAGGACGUAGAUUCAUCCUUUCAUACAGACUAGCGGACGACAUGAUGACCAUUUACGAGCCUCCAGUCCGGAACUCCGGUAUCAUCGGAGGCAAAUUCCUGGAAAGAACCCGCGUAGCCAAGCCAAACUGCCCGCCUGACCAGCCAGUAUUCUACGGACCACAAGAUUUCUACAUCGGUGCAGUGAUUGAAGUUUUCCGACAUAGAUUUGUUAUCACAAACGCUGAUGAGUAUGUACUGAGGUUUAUGGAAGAUCACGCUGGCCAAUUCCCAGAAAGCACAGUACAGUCAUUGAGACAGAGGUUAGCAGAGGGGUCCAUCAUGAAAGAAACAGUGAAAGGUGCUCCUAUGAAAGUCAAGAGAACAGAUGGUGAUUUGAACACGUUAGUGCAGCAGGUUCGAGCCCAGCUGAAGAAGAUUGCAAUUACUGAUAAAACACGUGUGGAUGAGAUGUUCUUACGUUACAAUACAGACAGAACCGGGUACAUUGACGCCCUAAAUAUGAGAGAUUUAUUACGUAGAUUACAACUGCCAGCUGACGAUGAUGUUGUUAAUGCUCUUGUUGGUCAGUGUACAGAAAGUCCAGAAGGAAAGAUAAGUCUGGAAGAUUUCCGGAGAUUUGUGGAAAGUUCAUGAGUUAACUCCCUUCAUAGACAUUAAAAAAAUGAAUUUAUACAGUUGACAUUGAAAUAUAUGGAUUAUUGUGGUUCAACAAAAUUAAGUGAAAAAUAAAAUUUGUCCAAAGCUGUAUUUUAUUUUGAAAGUCAUUACACAUUUGACCAAAUCAUGAGAAAAUGACAAUAUAAUUGAAAUAUAUUUUGAAGCAUACAUGACUGUAUGUCAUUUAAUACUUCUGUUACUAUACAUUCGCAGAAAAGGGUUAAAUUUAAUUGUUAAGUAUACAUGUUGCUAUAUUUUUUAGAUGAAAUCUAUGUUGCAGAUAUGUUUUCUAGAAAGACUGUUGAUAGUUAUACUAAGAAUGCAUUUCGAAAUGUUGUUUUUACAUGUUUGAAAAAAAAAUGCUUCUUUGAUAGUUUAGCAUCAAAGAAAAAUUUAAGAAAAUUUCAGUAUGAAAAAUUCAUUUUUCCUACUUAUUGAACAUAUGCACAAACCAUUUGUGCUAAACAUGAUCUUUCUACAUUUUAUUGUUUAAGAAAUUUUUAAUGUUUUAUAUGUAAAAGAAAUAUGCAUUCUUAUCACUGUGUAUGAUUUAUUUAAAGCAUAUUAAAAGAUUCUGUGAUAAUAAAAAUGUAAAAAUUU